AUGCUUCGUAUGAAAUAUUUAUUCUAUUUUAUACUUUUACAUAUAAAUAAUUGUACACCGAAAUUUAAUCUUUAUUAUACAAAUUGGGUAAGUGAGAGUGAGAAUGAUAUCAAUAAUUUUCAACAUGAUUGUUUGCGUGUUGCUGAUCCUUAUUCUUAUGAAGUGUACAAUACUCGUGCACUUGCAUCUUAUUGUAUGGGUGAAUUACCAUCGAAAUUUACUAUUGAAAUCAAUGGUUUAUUUCAAAAAUUUACUUUUGCUCAACUAUCGAAACAAAAUAUAAGCAGUGAGCAAUUGUAUAUUUGGUCGGCACCCAUCGAUAUUAUUGAACGUUAUCAAUUCUAUUUGGAUCAAUCAUCUCAUGAUCGAAACAUAUCAAUAGAUGUAUUCUAUAACUGUACGUUACCUAGAUUUGGUCCUAUGUGUCAAUAUCAACUGGAAACUUAUUAUUCAAAAGAUUAUUCUUUAUACCAAAUUAUUCAUAAUUUCUAUAAAAACUAUGAAUAUCAUCCGACUAAUUUGACGUGUUAUACUCAUUUGCAAUGUGAUCGUGGGAAUUUCCCAUCAUGUUUAGAUUGGACUGAAAUUUGUGAUGGAGUAAUCGAUUGUCUUAAUGGUGGUCUUGAUGAAAAAGAUUGUUGGCAACUUGAAAUUAACGAGUGUAACGAAGAUGAAUUUCGAUGUAGUAAUGGCCUUUGCAUUCCUCAAUCAUUUUAUGGUGAUCUAGAACAAGAUAAUUAUGAUUGCAUUGAUGGAUCUGAUUAUGCGGACGCAAACCAUAUUGCCAAUCAUAAAUGUAGUUUUACUAUAUCAUUUAGAUGUGAAGAUAUAUCAUGUUUACGUGAAGGUUUGACAAGUUCUUGUACUUUUCAACGUCAACAUUUACUAAUACAAGCAAUGUUUUCUAGUAAAGAUAAAUUAACAACUGAUGAAUGUUGGUCUGCAUUCAAAUGUGUGAUGUAUAUCUAUAAAGAUGACGAUCUAACUUGUAAUAAUAUUUGUAAUGGUAGUGAAUGUAUUAAAAUUAUUGAACGUACAUGCCCAGAUACGAUGUUCAUUCCUACUGUGCCAGUUUUAUUUGGGCAUAUUUAUUUUGUCUAUCAAAAAAAUGCUACGGAAAUUUUCCUAUACGGGAGACUACAAUACCUCUAUAUAUGUUACAAUAAUUCUUAUUACAAUGAUUAUUUUGCUGCAGAUCCAAAGAUAUUAAUCAAUAACAUACCGUGUUAUCAUCAUAAAAAUGAUCCAGACUUUAGUCAGUCAAACCAUAUUUCACAGCCGCCACAUAUGUUUGAUAUCUACGAAGAGCUUUGGGGAUACUAUCAAGUUUUCAAUUAUACCUCAACAUUUUGUAAGAGACCAAAUAUGUAUCAGUGUAUUAAUUCAAUCAAAUGUGUUGCUAUUCAUCGUCUUAAUAAUCGUAUAAAUGAUUGUCCUCAAGGUGAUGACGAGGAUUCACUAUAUCCACUUGGUAGUUUUAACAAUUUUUCAAACGAAUACGACAAUAACAUAAUUAAAUAUAUCCGAAUGAAUAUAUCAUUUCAAACUAUUUGUAAUGGUUAUACUGAAUUAUAUCCAAUAGGUAUUGAAGGAAGAAAUGAAACGGAUGAAACAGAAUGUCAACAAUGGGAAUGUAGUAAUAUCUAUACUCGUUGUAAUCACUUUUGGAAUUGUCUUAAUGGUGAAGAUGAACUUAAUUGUGAUUUACCACCAAAAUUAGAUUGUCCUUUGAAUAAUCAUAUAUGUGUUUCAUCUGAUACGAAUGAACUUAUGUGUUUAUCAAUUGAGAAAGCGAAUAAUGGUAUUGUCGAUUGUCUUGGUGGUACUGAUGAACCAAUAUUAUGUCGGAAAGAAUAUGAAACCACAUAUCCUGAUAAUUUUUAUUGCAUAAAACAUAAUUUUACAAUGUGUAUCAAUGGAGAAGAGUUAUGUAAUAAUAAUGCUGAAUGUGACUAUGGGGAUGAUGAAAACUUCUGUGAAGGUACUUCAUCGGGUGAAAUCGUAGUUGAUUUCUGUAAUUACAAGCAUACACAUGAACAAACAGAUGUCGAGAAAGUUCUAUGUAAAUCAUUGAGACAGAGGAUGUGGCAUGAUCCAUUGAUUGUGUAUUUUACAUUGAUUAAACCAGAGGAUCCCUAUGUGCCUCCGAUAGAAACUAUCGAAAACAAAGCACUUUUAGGAUCAUUUAUUAUUGAAAUGCCUCGUCAAUAUCAACCUCGUUGUCAUCGUGGUCUCGAUUUACGUGUUUGGUUAAAUGAUACCAAUUAUUCAUCAGCAUGUCUUUGUCCACCAAAUUUUUAUGGUGACACAUGUCAAUAUCAAAAUCAACGAGUAAUUUUGUCUGUUAAAUUUCGAGCAAUGCCUGACUCUUGGGAAACAUUUUUUGCAAUAGUUAUUUUUCUUAUCGAUGAUAAUGAUCAACAAAUUAUUCAUUCAUAUGAACAGUUUACUUAUUUAUCAGUUCGAGAUUGCCGAAAUAAAUUUAACGUUUAUUUACUCUAUUCAAUGCGACCAAAAAAUCAAACAAAAAAUUAUGCAAUACACGUUGAUAUCUAUGAAAAGUUUUCAUUAACAUUUCGCGGAAGUUUAUUAUUUCCAAUUAAUUUUUCAUUCUUACCUGUUCAUCGUCUAUCAUUCAUCGUUGACAUUCCACGAAAGAAUGAUAAUUUUGAAAAAUGUUCAGAUCAUAAAUGUAUUUAUGGUAAAUGUAUGAGAUAUUUUAACAAUCGAAGUAUUACUUUUUGUUACUGUAACAAAGGGUGGACCGGACGAUAUUGUAACAUUCCAUAUAAUUGUACAUGUUCAUCUGAUUCAUUAUGUAUUGGUAUUUCUGCUGAUAAACGAUCUAUAUGUGUUUGUCGUCCAAAUAAAUUUGGUCCUCAAUGUCUCAUGAAUACAGCUUGUCAAAUUAAUGAUAAUUCAAUAUGUAAAAACAAUGGCUUAUGUAUUUCACCGGAUGAAUACAUCGGAUACGAACAACACCUUAAAUGUGUAUGUCCAAAAGGCUUUACGGGAAAUUAUUGUCAGUUCAAAGAAGACAGUCUUCUUCUAUCAUUUGAAAACGAUAUUAUUUUAUCACAAUCAAUAUUUAUGCACUUUAUUCUAACUGAUUGGGGAGAUUUUCCGAAGAGAAUAACUACUUUUGUCACGAUACCUAUUAAACAAGAUUCACUUACCGUCUAUUGGUCACAACCAUUUGAUAUUAGUUUUAUUGAAGUUUUUAUGAAUAAAUAUUAUCUAAUUAUUGCUCGAAAUCAAUCCUUUUCAGAAGAGCCAAUGAUUAAUAAAACAAUCAAAUCAUCUGAUCGUUGUCCACAUAUAAAUGAAAUUUUUAAUCAAACAAUUCUUAAAUGGCAUCUACUUCGUCAAAUAAAAUAUUAUCAUUUAAUAUGUCAAAAUUAUUCAGCAAAUUUCACUUGUUUUUAUGAUAAUAUUCAUUUCUGUUUAUGUUAUGAUUUCGAAGGAAAACGUUUAGCAAAUUGUUUUGAAUUUCAUCAUGAUAUGACUAUGGAUUGUUCAGGAACAAGUGACUGUGAAAAUGGAGGUCGGUGCUUUCAAGAUAAACCAGAUUGUCCACAAAGAUCAAUGUGUCUUUGUCAAGCAUGUUUUUUUGGAAGAUUAUGCCAGUUUCGUACAGAUGGAUUUGGUUUAUCACUUGAUGCUAUUUUAGGUUAUCAUAUUCAACGACAAACUAGUAUUACACAUCAACCAAUUAUAGUGAAAACAAGUGUAGCACUAACUAUAAUCUUUAUAGUGGCAGGAAUUAUUAAUAGUCUUCUUUCUAUAAUUACAUUUAAGAAUAAAAGUAUACAAACAGUUGGUUGUGGAAUUUAUUUAUUGAGUUCAUCAAUUACAGCACUACUUAUAACGAUACUGUUUGGAUUGAAAUUUUGGAUUCUUAUUCUUUCACAAGUAGAAGAUGUGUCAAAUAGAUUAUUUUUAUCUUUACAAUGUUAUUCACUUGAUUUUCUUCUACGAAUAUGUCUUAACGUAGAGCAAUGGUUAAAUGCAUUUGUAGCUGUUGAACGAGCGUAUACAGUAAUCCAAGGUGCUGGUUUCAAUAAGAAAAAAAGUAAAAAAAUAGCUAAAUUAGUUAUUGUCAUCAUUUUAAUUGUUAAUAUUUGCACAUCUAUACAUGAUCCUAUUCAUCGAAAAGUGAUUGAGGAAGAAAAUGAUGAUGAUAAUGAGAAGCGAAUAUGGUGUAUUGCCACUUAUUCACAUAGUAUACGAGUAUUUAAUUCUGUGAUGCAUAUUCUGCAUUUUUUUGGACCCUUUCUAAUCAAUCUGGUCUCGUCUAUUACACUCAUAGUAAUGAAAGCGCAUCGGCAGUUAAAACUCCACACUCAGCAAACUUUUAGUCAUCAUUUACAAGAACAAUUUAAAGAACACAAGCAUUUAUUAACUGCUCCAAUGUUAUUAGUUACUCUUGCAAUACCACGUUUAAUCAUUUCUUUUGUAUCAAAAUGUAUGAAAUCAGCUAAUGAUUCAGCGUGGCUAUUUCUUGUUGGAUAUUUUAUUUCAUUUAUUCCAUCAAUGCUUACUUUUGUUAUAUUUAUAUUAUCAUCAACAUUUUACAAGAAAGAAUUUCAUAAGACUGUUAAUCGAUGCAAACAAACUCUACAACGAAGACUGCAUCGCAGCAUUUCAUAA